AAUAGGAAAGGCAAUCAAGAAGAAAGUGAACGUGAGUUGGUUUCAGCACACACAAUGGGGAACAAAAAGGACUUGAGAAUUCUCGAGAGAAGAAAGAUGGAAAUGGGGACCGUUUUUCGAGAAAGAGGGUUCGUACGACUCGAAAAAGAGGUGACCGCGAUGUAUGGUCUGCCUGAAUGA